AUGGAGGUGGUGGAGGCCGCGGCGCAGCUGCAGACGCUGCAGUUCGGCGGCUCCGGCCGGGGGCCCGCGGCCGCGGCUGAGGAGCGCCGGGACGCCGAGCAGGCGGAGCGGGCCCCGCCGGCGGGGGAGCAGCCGCCGCAGCCGCAGCAGCCGCCCGCACCCCCGAGCGCCGAGGCCGGCGGAAGCCCGCCGCAGCCCGACCGGCCGCCUCCGAGCGAGGCCUGCGUCACCGGCCCGGACGCCGCGGAGCCGCCGCAAGCCCUGCAGGCCUCGGACUCCUCGGACUCGGACUCGGAUUCGGACAGUGAAACAGAUUCAGAUAGUUCAAGCUCCUCGUCUUCAUCCUCAUCUUCAUCUUCCUCCUGUGUAUCACUUCCUCCAGUGCUGUCAGAUGGAGAGGAAGAUGCACAAGUUGAGAAGGAAAGUAAGAAUUUUCCUCUCAAAACAAAAGAUGAGUUGCUUCUUAAUGAACUGCCAUCUGUUGAAGAACUCACUGUUACUCUGCCAGAAGACAUUGAACUAAAGCCUCUUGGGAAGGUUUCAAGCAUUAUUGAACAAUUAGUAAUAAUUGAGUCCCUGACUAACAUACCUCCAGUUAAUGAGGAUACUGUCGUUUUCAAAAGUGAUCGAGAGGCAGCAGGGAAGAUAUUUGAGAUAUUUGGACCUGUUGCCCAUCCGUUUUAUGUGUUACGGUUUAAUUCUUCAGAUCACAUUGAGAGUAAAGGUAUCAAAAUAAAGGACACUAUGUAUUUUGCUCCAUCAAUGAAAGACUUCACUCAGUACAUAUUCACAGAAAAACUCAAACAGGACAGAGGAUCGGAUGCCUCUUGGAAGAAUGAUCAGGAACCACCUCCAGAAGCCUUGGAUUUCAGUGAUGAUGAAAAAGAAAAAGAAGCCAAACAGAGGAAGAAAUCUCAGAUUCAAGGGCGGAAAAAACUCAAAUCAGAAUUGAAUGAGUCAAGUGAAGACUGUGGGGAAGUGCAUCAGAAUUGGAAUGCUUAUGGCUCUUCUUCAGAGUACCCAAAGGGGUAUCACAACAGAGAAUUUACCAGAGGCUUUCCCAGGGGUCGAUUUUCCCGGGGAAGCCACAGCAGGCCGCCACCUCAGCAGUUGUAUAACUCAGAUCAUAUGGCAUCUCAAAAGACUUUGGGAUUUCCACCUCAGAGACAAGAUAAUCCUGUCCUGCCCCACUAUCCCUAUCCCCCUCCCAUGUUUGAUAUGCAUAACUUUUCACUCCCUCCUCCACCCCCACCCCCAUCUGUAAGCAUGGGGUGGGCUCCACCUAACAUGGCCUCUCAUCCCUUGCUUAAUUUACCAUACUCCCUGCCCCCACCACCCCCUCCACCACCCCCUCCCCCUCCCUCUCCUGGAGAGAAUAAUUCUUCUCAUUUUGGGCCUUAUUAUUAGAUAUAUGCUUGUAUUUCAUAAAAAUAUGAACUGUUCAGAUUAUAUGUUAAAGAAUUUUUUUUAAAGAAAAUCUAUUAUGGAGCUAGAUUUUUUAAAAAAACAUUGUAAAAUACUAAAUGAAAGAACUCAGUUGUAUGUUCAUAUAUAUUUUAAAUAACUCAGUUGUAAGCUCAUAUAUAUUUGUAACAUUUAUGAGAUAGUAUUCAUAGGGAAUAAUCUCAUUCUUGGAGAAAAAUCCAAUUUAUGUAAUAUUUAAGUACAAUGUUGAAUCAUGUCCUCCACUACCCCCAUCCAGUAAACAACAUGCACAGUAGUGGUUAUGGAGCAGAUUUUGUUGUGGCUGUUAAAUACGCCUCUAUAAUAUGCCGAACACUGAUUGUCUUUAGUAUAAUCUUAAAGAUAGAUGUUGAAGUCCUACUAAGAGUCUUUAAAAUAAAGUAUUUUUUAUAAACUUGA